CUGUCAUGGAGGCGAACUCCCACAUGACCAUUUUUACGUUUUAAAAUGUUUAAUGUAAGUACUUAAACUUGGCUUAAAUAUUAAUUUUUAUGCUCCUUUUUGUGCAAUGAUUAAUUAACUGAUAAUGUUAUGAAAAACCGGCGAGUCACAAAAUUUUAAGCAUGAAGAGCGUGACGAGGGACACUUCAAUAAAAAAACAGGUGUCUCAUCUCCAAAGGUUGUCAACCAUGUGAGGAACUAUCACUUCUACAAACAGAACGUAUGAGAGUGUGCUUCUACCAUCAGCACUGGAUGGAAAUAAAUAGUUGAAACCCCAGAAGACAACCGUAGAAAAGUGUGGCACACAGACAGAUCCCUCAGACCCUGGCAGGAAAUAGCUGCAACCUCACCGCAAAACAACAUGGGUUCUCACGGCGUUAAUAACGACCCCCGACUGAGAGACAGUACCACAGCACCACAUCCAGCACCGGGGCCUGGACCAAAGCUCCUGGCCAAAGCCAAGCACAGGAGGUCACUGGGGUAGCUUGCAACAAAAAACAGACACACACACACACACUCUCUCUCUCCGGCUGCAUUCGGGUCCCUCCAGUGCGCACAGUAGAGUCCACGCACGCACGGGAGCAUGGCAGCUACCCACGGCGAGUACAGAGGCUACCUGCGCAGCACAGUGGAUGUGGAGGCCGGUCAGCACCGCUUCCAGCCGGUGGCCAGCUCGGAGCCCUCUCACCGGCCGCUACUGUUCGGCACCCUGGCGGUCAUGGGAUUGCUCCAGGUGGCCUCCAGCGUGGCUAUCCUAUUGCACCUGACGGGCUACCUGCAGGAGGUAGAUUUGACCACUGCUCCACAUCGACCAAUCGAGGAAGUGCAGACAGAGCCGGUGCUGAACGCGCUGAGAGACACCAAGAAGAACAGACAAUUUAAAAACCGGAAGGACCACCUGCCGUCUGCUCACCUCCCCAUUAAGGUGCAUCAAGAGUUUUCAAAGAAGGGUGAGCCAAAGGCCAUCACCAUCGACUGGGAUGAGGUGCACGGAUACCGUCACAGGAUGAACUACGAGAAGGGCAAACUCCUCGUGGUCAAGUCAGGCUUCUACUACGUUUACGCCAAGACUUGCUUCCGCUACUACAAGUACGUACCAGAGGACGGCGGCCAGGGCGAGGGCGGUCCCUCCGUGGAUGUCAGCAAUACGCAGCUCAUCCAGUACAUCUACCAUGAGCGAAUCAAGCAGAACAGCAAAGUGGACCUUCUGAUGAAGACGGGGAGCACCAUGCGCUGGGACAACACCAGUUACAACAUGUACUGUGCCCAGCAGGGCCGAGGUCUCUUGCUGGAGGAGGGUGACGCCUUGUUCGUCACCGUGUCCAACGCGUGGAUGUUGGACCCAGAUGGAGUAGGGACGUACUUUGGGGCUGUAAAGUUGGGCAACUGAAGAUGUUGACACGUGGGACACCACCAUGCUACUGAAGUGCCGCAAAGGAACCACUGAUAGUGAAAAGAAGCAUUUGAUAGUUUUUACCACAUAGUCAAACUUGUCUCGACAAACCACACUGAACCCGCUCCAAAGUAGCGCUGGAUUUUUAGAGGUAUUUCUCCUUUCAUUCAUUAAGAUUGCACAUCCAUUUCUUGUUUGUUUGUCAGCGUCGAUUAAACAAACAAAGGAAGCGAGCAGGGGGAGCGUGUUUCCAAAGGAGAUCGGUGUCAUCAUGGAAACAUUGGAGCUGAUGCAAGCAUCUGUUCGUAUUUUAACACCAGCGGGAUGAAAUCACAUGACCAAAAUAAUCCCUCAACCACAGCUGUCAAUGUUUUCCAGAAAAGGUUUCUGUUGGUGUGAACGAGAUGGGGGCGAGAUGAGGUGUCUUUGCGGCGGCUACGUUUACAUGCAGAGUGUUGAACCUCCUAGCCCCCUAAAAAUCAUACCGUAUGUUGAAAUACAUAAUGAGCUGUGUCCAAAGUCAGGGUCUGCACCCUUCAGAAGACCAAGACUACAUGAUCUAACACACAUACUACAUGCAGGUUUGGACACACCACAUUUCCUUCAUUUUCAUGACUAAUUUACAUUGUAGAUUCCAACUGGAGGCAUCAGAGCUAUGAAUGAACACAUGGAGUGAUGUUCUUAACAAAAAAGUAUGAAAUAACUCUAAAUAUGUUUAUUUAGAUUCCUCGAAGUAGCCACUCUUUACGUUUUUGAUAGCGCUGCAAACGCUUUGUAUUUUCUCAAUCACAGUUGUGCCUUGUCAGGGUUACUUCCUGGAAUUUCUUACCUUUUUAAUUGGGAUUGGGAUCAUCAGUUGUGUUGUGUGUGUCCAGAUUUUUGGCCUGUACUGUGUAGGCGUUACAAAACCAGUAUAUUUUCUUUUAAGCCUGGCAUUUGAGAUUGAAAUUUUUAAAACAAAAAACCACACAGGGCGGCACGGCUGUCUAGUGGUUAGGUCUGCGACAGCUAGGAGACCAGGGUUCAAUUCCACCCACGGCCAUCUCUGUGUGGAGUUUGCAUGUUUGAAUGGUUUUUCUCCGGGUCCUCCGGUUUCCUCCCACAUUCCAAAAACAUGCUAGGUUAAUUGGCGACUCCAAAUUGUCCAUAGGUAUGAAUGUGAGUGUGAAUGGUUGUUUGUCUAUAUGUGCCCUGUGAUUGGCUGGCCACCACCUGGUCCAGGGUGUACCCCGCCUUUCGCCCAAAGACAGCUGACCCUUGUGAGGAAAAAGCGGUAGAAAAUGAAUGAAUGAAUGAAUGACAUAUACAAUAAAUUUGUGCCGCCAUAUUGAAUCUGGUCACGAAGGAUAGUAGAAAAAAAACAACAGCAAAAAUCAACGAAGCAUCCUUCCAUAGUAGGAUGCAGACCCUGAACUGGGGACACAGCAGUUCUCUCCAAACAUGAAGCGAAACCAUCAUGCCCAGAAGUGCGUGUUCUCUUUAGCUAUCAUUGGGUUUCGGACUUGUGUUUGAAGAUCUUAACAGCAAAACAGGCAACUAAAGGUUGUUUGCAUUGUCAGUGUUAUUAUCAUUGGAUAGAAUGUGACUAUUCACAUUCAUGUAAACGUAACCCAGUCCACUUACUCAUCAGCACCAUCGGAAGUAGCUAGUUAUUAGAUUCAACAUAUAGCGUUAUAGAUGUCCUCAUGUCUGUCUUUUGACAAUUUGACUGCAUUUUUUUUGACAGACAAUAUGGUUGCUUCUAUGUGUGACGAUCAACAAGUGAUGCAGAUAGCCGGACUGUCUGUCCUUGAUUGACACAAAAAAAGACUCUUUAACAAGGAGGAACCAAAUUGACUUUGGUUUCAUCUUUAACUUAAUUAUGGUUUUCAUUUGGCUCUCCAGUGAGGUAAAUGGGAAUAUGCACUAACUAUUUAUUUAUUAGCCAUAGAAGUACAGACAGGGGUCAUUGUUACAGUGGCCUUUCAGCUGUAAAACAAAACAAAAGAAAAAGAAAAAAACAAGUCAUGUAUAUUUUAUGUCUGUAAAACAUUCAUUACGCAGCACUUAGGAAAUAUUAGGCACGCUUUUUUGUUAUUAAAAAAAAAACAGGGGCUACAUUUUCUAAUGCCAUAUUUAUGUAUCUCAGUUUUGACAAUUGUGUGUGCACUCGCCUCGCUAAAAGCAAUAUGAAUUUAUUGUUUAUUCUGCAAAGAUUGUAGCAUACCUGAUUUCAAUGGACAGAUGUGUUUUUUUUUAUUUAUGUUUGUGUAUGUUUUAAUAAAAAUACUACUUUUGUAAAUGGGAUUUGUUAGUGUGUUGUACGGGAGUAUUUAAAGGGGCCCUAUUUUGCAAAUUUUUCGGGCCGUUUGUAUUGAGUUGU